AGAGGUGGUCAGCUGACUCAUCCACGUGACUGCCGUGUUUGCCUCCGGUUGUGUUCCUCCCGGUACUUUGUGUUGACAACGUUCAGCUGCGAAUGAACCGAAUCACGCGAACGAAACAAACCAGCAUAUUAAAAGUGUGCUAACAGCUAACGACGCUCAUGAAAAGCCAGUGAGCAGCAGCUAAGCUAAGCUACGCGGUGGAAGACAUUCCGAUGUGCACUUCUCUCCUGUAGCUACAUUUAUUUUUAUCCUCGAGUCGUUUAAGAAUAUCCUCCAACAUGAGUCCGGAGAGGAAGAAGCUGCUGAACAUCCUCAUCCUCGGCUUCAGCUUCAUGUUCAUGUUCACUGCUUUUCAAACAUGUGGCAACAUCGAGCAAACCGUGAUCAAGAGCUUCAACAGCACCGAGUUCCAUGGCAGCGGCUACACCAGCAUGUCAAUCAUCUAUGGAGUUCUCUCUGCGUCCAACCUGAUCGCUCCCUCAGUGGUGGCCGUCGUUGGACCACAGCUGUCCAUGUUCUUCAGUGGUCUGUUGUACAGCGGCUACAUCGCCAUGUUCAUCUACCCGUACACCUGGAGCUUCUACACGGCGUCUGUUCUUGUCGGAGUCGGAGCGGCGGUUCUAUGGACUGCUCAGGGAAACGUGCUCACCAUCAACUCCACCAAUGACACCAUCGGGAGAAACAGUGGCAUAUUCUGGGCUCUGCUUCAGUUCAGCCAGUUAUUUGGAAACCUCUACAUAUACUUUGCUUGGCAUGGACACGUUCAUAUCACAGACAAAGAUCGUCGGACCGUCUUCAUCUCUCUCACCGUGAUCAGCCUGGUCGGCUGCUUCCUCUUCUUCCUGAUCCGGAAUCCUGAACCUGAGUCCUCGUCCUCCGACGUGUCCGAGUCGCUGCUGGAGGCGGAGUUUGCAGAGAGUUCCACCGUCAGCUCUCCUCGCUCCAGCCUCUGCUCACAAGCUCUGGACGCCUUCAUUCAAGCGUGUAAAAUAUUUGUCACCAAAGAAAUGCUGCUGCUGAGCGUCCCAUUGGCUUACUCAGGUCUGGAGCUCACCUUCUACAGCGGCGUGUACGGGACGUGUGUCGGAGCAAUGACGGGCUUUGGCAAAGACGCUAAGAGUCUGAUCGGUGUCUCUGGGAUUUUCAUCGGCGUCGGCGAGAUCUUAGGAGGGGGCAUAUUUGGGAUGCUGAACAGAAGCUCCCGUUUUGGGAGGAACCCGGUGGUGCUUCUGGGGCUCAUCACUCACUUUGUCGCCUUUUACCUGAUAUUCCUGAACAUUGCCAGUGACGCGCCGCUGGCCCCAGAGGCAGGAACCGAGCUGCAGGCCUACAUCACCCCGAGUGUUGCCGUGGCAAUGCUCUGCAGCUUCCUGCUUGGGUUUGGCGACAGCUGCUUCAACACUCAGCUCAUGAGCAUCGUCGGCUUUAUGUUCCGUGACAGGAGCGCCCCCGCCUUCGCUGCCUUCAAGUUCAUCCAGUGCAUCGCGGCCGCCGUCGCCUUCUGCUACAGCAACUUCCUGCUGCUGCACUGGCAGCUGCUCAUCCUCGUCGUCUGGGGUUUCCUGGGCUCCAUGUCCUUCUUCGUGGCUGAGACGCUGGCCGAGGCCAACAGGCGGGAGUCAGACUACGGCACCAUCUGAUUCGUGUUUGCAACGAGGAACGACGACGGGACGAUGGCUGGAAGACACGAAGGAAGAGAAGAAGUUUUUCACUGCAGAAAAACAUGCAGAUGAAGGAGGAUGAAGGUAUUCCAGCCUCUGCUGACAAACUGACAGAGCGGUCGCUCUGGAACACUACGAUAUUCCACAAUAUUCCUCUCUUUAAUGACCACAACCUCGUUCAGACCUGCUCACAUCAUCUGUCCUCGCUGAUCCAUCACAUGACCUAACACGACCAUUCACACGUGAGGUUGUAAUACUGCCCUCUACAGUACGAGAUCAGAUCUAAACAAAACGCUAAUGUUCCAUCUCUCCAUUUAUAGAAAGUAUAAUCUAAAUAGUUAAAUACACAAAUCAGGUCAUCGAAAAACUACAAAAUGAAGUUUUGGUCAAUGAGCAAACGUCUAAUCAGACCAGAUCUGAACGAGGUCUCAGUGCGAACUCUUUUAGUUAUAAUCAUUCUGUUUGUGUGACGGGUAAAGAUUAAUCACAACAUCAUCGAGAUUCAUAAAAUACCUCAAUCAGUUUUUCCAGCUUGUUAAAUGGGAAUAGUUUCCGUUUUCUUUGCUUCUGAACCAAACGACUCAUUGAUGAACGCAUGAAAACAAGUGUUAGUUUCCAUGGUUUCGGCAGCUUCAUGUGUUCAUCUCCUUCCUAACAAAGGUCUGACUCCGCGACACGAGGUGGCGAUAACGCCUCCGUUCAGCUGCUUGGUAUUCUGUGUUUUCCUGGUCGACCUGGACCGCGGUGUGUUCUGUUUACACCAGAAGUUCGGGAACCUCUUCUAGAGAGCUACAGCGCCACCUAAGGAGGCGGAGUCACGCGCACACGGCCAAUAAAUCCAUUCUGUCCACUGCACGUGAACUCUACGACCUCGGCUCCAUGAAACUGCAUGUGAACGUGUGAAACGCGCGGCCUCAUCGCGGCGAGGUCGGCUCGUGCUUCGUCUCUGUGGACGUAAACGAUCGCGGGGUAAAAAUAAGGGAACUUGCUUGUAUGAUUUUAUACCUGAAAAUGUAGUGAUUUAGAAACAUGUUUUUUUUAAUCAUCAAUAAAAAUGUUAUUGUGAAGAUUUGCUGAGCAGCGCUCGACUGACAUGAA